AUGAGACAAGAAUGGCUCGCUCAGCGAGAAGAAGAAAGAAAGAGUGGAUUUGAGGUAGCGAGCGCGCUGCGCAGAUUGCUGAUUGACGGGGUCAGGCGAGAGGACUUCGGACAAAGCAAGCCAGCUUGGAUCGUUACGACCUUUACGGAUUUUAGCACUAUGACGAGUUCUCCACCAGAUAUUUCUUCACUCACGCUUGCUCCUCAGCGCACACGUCCCACGCAUGAAACUUACGAUCCGUCUUCAUAUCCCGAAAACAAUCGCUUUCAGCAUUUUCAGACAUCCCCUGCAGUCGUUCCUUCUCCUGGCCAACGUAGAGCACUCCCAUCUUCAGCGAACGAUUAUGAGGAGUACAAUUCCCUAAGCAACCUUGACGCACUUCUGCUCAUCGCUGGAGAUCAUUCUGAAGAUGAUGUACCACGAAAAAC